AUGUUCAAACGUAUCGUCACCGUUGUGCCUCGCGUGGGCUCUGUCGCCACCCGCACUUCCUUCACCCCUCUGGCCUCUCUGAAGCCCGCCCAGCCCGCUCUCCGCAGUAUCGCCCCCCAGCGCCGCGGCUACCACGAGAAGGUCCUCGACCACUACAACAACCCCCGCAAUGUGGGUUCCAUGCAGAAGGGCGACCAGGAUGUUGGCACCGGUCUCGUCGGCGCCCCCGCCUGUGGCGAUGUCAUGAAGCUGCAGAUCCGCGUGAACAAGGACUCCGGUGUCAUCGAUGAUGUCGUCUUCAAGACUUUCGGUUGUGGAAGCGCCAUUGCUUCUUCCAGCUACCUGACUGAGCUUGUCCGUGGCAUGACUCUCGAUGAGGCUGGCAAGAUUAAGAACACUGAUGUGGCAAAGGAGCUGUGUUUGCCUCCCGUCAAGCUUCACUGCUCCAUGCUCGCUGAGGAUGCUAUCAAGUCUGCCAUUGCCAACUACUACACCAAGAACCCGAACACCCGGGUCACUGACCUCUCUGGAACUGGUGGCUCAAUCCCCGAUGUGAAGGUUGAGAUUGAGCAGACUCCCAGCCCUGCUGCUACUCUCUAA